GGAAGCCAGUGUGCCCGGCGUUCUCACGCCCGCAACAAUUUCUGAGUAGGGCGUCGCUUGAGUUUUUCGGAAAGUCUCCACACCCCCGCCCCCCCCACAUCGUCUUUUUAGGAAGUCGCUUAAUGUUUGGCUUCAUUAUUCCCACAUCCCCUUCCUAACUAUUUGCCUGCACUUCUGGAGAAAAAGACUGCAGAAAGGAGAGGUGGGGCUGUGCGUAGAAACAAGCAAACCGGAGGUCCCUCUUGGGGGACCCUCCAGGAAGAAGAGUAAUUUCCUGCCUCCUUGAAUUGGCUACUACAGUCAGUUAUUUUGUUCCCAACCCCAGAGCUUCAAUUGCUCCUUCACUUAGCAAUUCCGCAAGAACCCUGGGCGACAGUUAUGGAGAAGCGUCUGCAGGAAGCUCAGCUGUACAAGGAGGAAGGGAACCAGCGCUACCGGGAGGGGAAGUACCGAGAUGCUGUGAGUAGGUACCAUCGAGCUCUGCUUCAGCUGCGGGGUCUGGAUCCGAGUCUGCCCUCUCCGUUACCUAAUCUCGGACCUCAGGGCCCUACCCUCACGCCUGAACAAGAAAACAUACUGCAUACCACCCAGACUGACUGCUACAACAAUCUAGCUGUUGUGAAAUAGGGAAUGUGUUUCCCUUCUUAAUCAUCAAAAGGCAGAACAUUGACCUGAAUUGGCUCGUCCGCAGCCUGUCUCCUUCAGAUGGAGCCCGUGAACUACGAACGAGUGAGAGAAUAUAGUCAGAAAGUCCUGGAACGACAGCCUGAUAAUGCCAAGGCCUUGUAUCGGGCCGGAGUGGCCUUUUUCCAUCUGCAGGACUAUGACCAGGCCCGCCACUACCUCCUGGCUGCCGUCAAUAGGCAGCCUAAAGAUGCCAACGUCCGGCGGUACCUCCAGCUGACACAGUCAGAACUCAGCAGCUACCACAGAAAAGAGAAGCAGCUCUACCUGGGCAUGUUUGGUUAACAAAGAAGAAAGAUGCUCCUCCAGUUGAACUUAGGUGGACCAUUAAACAUGCAUGAAGGAGAAAGCUGACCCUCAGCAAGAUAAAUGAACCCUAUACCUCUGACCCAGGUGGAUUUUUGUUGCCAGUUCUGCACAAACUUUACUACUUAGACAGUCUGAGUCUUUUUCUGUCUAUCCUGUUUAUUUCUAUAGCGUUCAAUACAUGUUAUUGUUGGGGAUAUUUGCCUUGAGAAAUAUAAUCAGAAAAUAU